AACUUAGAUCAAAUCUAACUUAUAUUUCAUAUCGUCGCCAUCGUCAAAAUCAUUUUGCAUAUCUUUAACAUCAGUGGCUUCGUAUUUGUCUUCAGUGGCAAUCGAAUCGUGCUUUUUGUUUGUGUAGUUUGUUGAUCUGAGAAAAAAUGUUGGCAGUUUUCGAAAAAUCAGUGGCCAAGAGCCCAGAGGCUCUGCGUAGCCCGCAAACAGAAUCGGUUACAGCAUUCAAAGAUGGGUCAUUGGCUAAACACUUUGCUUCUGUUCAUUCUGGCUCUGUCACUGUCAAUCUUGGCCCCGCUGGUGUCAUGGCCUACUCUCUUGACAAGCAGAACCCACUUUUACCCAGAUUAUUUGCAGUUGUGGACGACAUAUUCUGCUUGUUUCAAGGCCACAUUGCUAAUGUUGCUCUCCUUAAGCAACAGUAUGGACUCAACAAAACGGCAAAUGAAGCUAUUAUUAUUAUUGAGGCAUAUAGAACUCUGAGGGAUCGGGGUCCUUAUCCAGCUGAUCAGGUUGUUAGAGACUUCCAAGGGAAAUUUGCAUUUAUUCUCUAUGACAGUGCUUCAAAAGUCACAUUCUUAGCCGGGGAUGCUGAUGGGAAUGUUCCCUUCUUCUGGGGCAUUGAUUCUGAAGGCCAUCUUGUGAUAUCAGAUGAUGUAGAGGUUGUGAAAAAGGGCUGUGGGAAUUCUUUUGCACCAUUCCCUAAAGGGUGCUUCUUUACAUCUUCUGGAGGAUUGAGCAGCUUUGAGCACCCCAUGAAUGAAUUGAAGCCAGUGCCAAGGGUGGACAGUUCUGGCCAGGUUUGUGGUGCAACUUUCAAGGUGGAUGCGGAGGCUAAGAAAGAGACGACCAUGCCAAGAGUCGGUAGUGCUGCAAACUGGUCUGAAAACUACUGAGCUAUGGAUGAGCUUUUCAUUGUUUUUAUUUCAUCUUUUUCCAUGGUGCCCAUUGCUAUUUUCAUGACUUUUAUGCUUCAGUGGGCACUGGACUGUUAUACUGUUAUAAGCAUUUACAAAAACUAAGACCGCAUUCAUGCAACAACAUUUUUAAAAUUAAGCCUAGGCUGUGUGUCGCAGACGGCAGAAUAAUAUUUAACUUGCACAAAGACUUGCUGAUA